AUGGCCGAUAAAUAUAAUACGAAAUGUCCCGGAGUGAAACGUCUCAUGCGCGAGGCAAUUGAAUUAGCUCAAGCAACCGAGGAAUAUUGUGCUCGACCUUUGGAAGAUAAUUUAUUCGAAUGGCAUUUUACUGUACAAGGACCUAAAGGCACUGAUUUUGAAGAUGGAAUCUACCAUGGUAGAAUAUUAUUACCCAAAGAGUAUCCAAUGCAUCCGCCUCAUAUAAUACUUUUAACUCCAAAUGGCAGGUUCGAAGUAAAUAAAAAAAUCUGUCUCUCCAUUUCUGGUCAUCAUCCAGAAACAUGGCAGCCAUCUUGGUCGAUCAGAACUGCUUUGUUAGCAUUGAUAGCUUUUAUGCCAACACCAGGAGAAGGGACGAUCGGAUCUCUAGAGUACAGUUCAGCUGAACGUAAAAUUUUGGCAAAAAAGUCAAGAACUUGGGCUUGUCCACAAUGUGGCGAUAUAAUAAAUUUACUAUCUUCAACUGCGGCGGAACCAAUAACGGAAGAGGAACAGUCGGUAUUAAACCAGAUAGCAUUUAAGGGAGAAGAGGAGCAGAAUGCUAAACCACCUGUAGAGGAACCAUCUCAAGAUGUAGAGCCCCAGGUUUUAGAAUCAACCGAUAAUACUACCACAUUUUUGGAUCAGCUCACAGAAAUUCUUGUAGCGCUUCUCCUUGGGGUAGUAGCCAUAUUUAUUUACAGGAGAUGGGAUAUACAGGCUACUCAUGAUGAUGACUUG